AUGAUUGUGUCCGAUGCCAUCCGACCGACGGCUCGAGAAGCAGCCGCGCGAAGCAGCCCGCGAAGCAGCCCUCAUGGACGGACGACCUGUGCGACCCUUUCGCGAGACAAGCCAGGCCAGGCCAGACGGCUCAUCAGCCCUGGAUUGCCGGACACCUCGUGCCCCGUUGUGGUCAUCGUCGUCGUAGCGGCGGUGCUCAUGACGGUCAUCAUCACCGUCGUCACCGCCACGGCAUCCAUCAUCACAAGGCCACGCGACAUGUCAUGUCCAUCACGCAAAGCGCUCCCAUGCACGAAUUGGAAAAAAAGGCCCAUCCGUCGAUGA